UCACAAACCAACCAACACUUUUGAACAAUUCCGAUCAAAAUCGAAAUAUGAAGAGAUUAUAGAGAUGGAUAACACAAGGUUUAUAGAAACCGAGACUUUUCAACAAACGGUUUUGUUUCAAGAGCAAGAUGAACAGUUAAAAUCAUUAUAUGGGACUGCUCGUAAUAUCCAUGAUAUUGCUACGACAAUGAGAGAUGAGAUUGAGGAUCAAAAUAUGUUACUUGAUGAAUUUGGGGAGCGUGUGGAUCAUACGUCUAGCAGAUUAGAAAAUGCAAUGAAAAAAGUUAAAUAUAUUAUUAAAGCAAAUGAAG